CAUAAUUUUUCCAACAUCGUUGUAGGAAACACCGUGAUUCUGAAGCUGUCUGAGCUGUCUUCAACAUUUUCGUCGGUUUUCGCACGUCUUGUUGGAGAACACUUCGAUCAGAAGCUCUUCGCUGCCGUCGAAGGAGCUGUGCCUGAAGUGACGGCACUGCUUGCUGAACGAUUCGAUCACAUCACCUACAUUGGUAAUCCCACAGUGGCCAGAGUGAUAAUGGCAGCUGCGGCCAAGAACCUAACGCCAGUGCUCCUGGAGCUCGGCGGCAAGAACCCUGUGGUCAUCGACGCUGACGCCGACAUUGAAGAUGCAGUGAAAAAAAUAAUCUACUCAAAGAUGUACAACUGCGGUCAAGAUCUGCCUCUCUUCGGAUUA